AUGUCAGGAAAAGGAAAUUACAAAACAAAAAGUAAGAAUAAACCCAAGAAAUCUACCACUUUUACAAGAAAAAAAGCGCAGCAACCAAAGGAAGUUACCGUUUCGGAGUCGAACCAUAACAGUGCUCCGGAACCUGACAUAAAACCAAUGAAACCUGCGGUCAUAGAAACCCCGCUCAAGCUUAAAACAGUAAAGGUCAACAAAAAAGGUGUCAAAAGGAAGACCGAUGAACUUAUUUCAGCACAAGUUCUAGAACAUCCAGAAUUCCAUGUUCAAACACCAACAGUUCGAGCGACUCAGUUAACUCAAAACUUUCGACCUGUUUCCUCUAGGCAUGGAUGCCAGCACCUUAAGGAAUACAAAGAGAGUAAUCCUUAUUAUCUUGUCAACUAUGAGUCCCUUUGUGAUGUGUCAAUGUAUUGGCAAGGAUACGGAAUGCCGAUUUCCCGUAACGGUUGCUGGUACAAUCAGAAGCAUGCCAGAAAGCAUUAUGGCAAAACAAACCACAUAUUCGCAGCUCAUCUGGAAAGAUUGCACAUAUACUGCUUUGAAUGCGAUGAUUUCGUCUACGAUUUUGAUUUUGAUAGAGCCAAAAUCUUGGCAGAAGUGCGCGCAGCGGAAAAAUCAUCAAAUAUCAGGGAACCAUGCGUGAAACGUGCGCGAUACGUUUCAUGGCAACCCACGCCUGAAGAAAUCAACAGGAUCGCCAAGAAUUCGACACUCAUCCCGUGCUCCGGAUUACGAGGUCUAUUCAACAUGGGUGCUACGUGUUUCAUGAAUGCGAUGUUACAAACAUUCCUAACAAACCCCAUCGUCAAAACCUACUUCUUAUCGAACAAACAUAGCAGGGAGAUAUGUAAAAACAAAGGUUGUAUGUGCUGCGAAAUUGACAAUCUUUUUCAGGAAUUUCAUUCUGGCGAGAAGAAACCAUACCCACCGUGUAGCUUCCUUCAUGCUAUGUGGCUUAGCUCGAAGGAACUCGCCGGAUACGCCGAACAAGAUGCCCACGAAUUCUUCAUAGCGGUGAUCAGCAAGAUGCAUAAGGAUUCCAAGGAAAAGCACGAAGGUGACCUUAAUAGUAUUGACGUCAAAUGCGAGUGCAUCAUGCAUAAAACCUUUGGUGGUCAUUUUCAGACUCGAGUCAAGUGCAAAAAUUGCAAUUAUGUAAAUAUAACACACGAACACUCGAUCGAAUGGCAACUCCACCUUAGUGGUAAUGAGGUUGUCUCGAAGAAAAAGAACGGACAUUCUAAGGCUGCAGCCGAAAAUAUUAACGGCAGCACCCGAGAGCACAAGAAUUCACUUUAUGACUGCCUUGAAAGAUGCACCGCGGAAGAACAACUUCCGGAGUUUAUAUGUGAUGAUUGUCACACGAAAGCAUGUAGUUCCAAACGGAUCAGCUGCAAGAAAUUACCACCCGUUUUGGCCUUUAUCGUUGAACGCUUCCAAAAUCCAACAAUGAAAAACGAGGCAGAAUUCGAGUUCCCUGAAGAGAUCAACAUGGCGAGAUGGACUAGCAGAGCACAGGAAGUUCUCGUGGGGGGCGGAACGUUGAAUGAUUUUCCUGAAUACAAAUACAAGUUGAUCUCUGUGGUAAAUCAUGACGGAAAGAUCAACACCGGUCACUACACCGCAUAUUGCCGAAGCCGCGGCCAAUGGUUCCAAUUUGACGAUAACACGGUAAAGCUGACCAGUGUAGAAGAAGUGUUGCAAAGUAAACGCAAGGCAUACCUGUGCUUCUAUAUGACCGAUACACUGGAAUACGACCAGCCCCAGGAUACGGUUGGUUAA